AUGUCAUUCUUCGUGAAGUUCAAGCUGAGUGUUUUAGCUGAAGAGUUGAAAACGUUGAAAGAAGACAAGACGAAAUAUCGGGGCAGUCUGAAAGAUCUAUCUCCAUUUAUCGAUAAGGACGGGUUGAUCAGAGUUGGAGGCCGUCUAGAUCGCUCAGAUUUGCCAUAUGAUGCAAAACACCCCAUUAUACUGCCAAAAAACCAUCAUGUGACCGAGUUGGUUAUCCGUCAUUACCAUAAGAUAGGUAGACAUAUUCGAGGAGUGAAUGGUCUACUGGCAGACAUAAGAGUGCGAUUCUGGCCUGUGAAUGGACGAGAAGCGGUGAAGAAAAGUGGAAGAGGCUGCAUAGACUGUAAGAAGCAGAGAAAACAGAUGUGUGAACAGAAGAUGGCGCCACUUCCAAGUCUAAGAGCUAACAUUCCUUUAAGAGCGUUCGCCCAUUGUGGAGAGGAUUAUGGAGGACCAUUCCCAGUCAAGUUGACCCGGAAUACCAGAGCCAAGAGAUAUAUAUGUCUAUUUACCUGCCUAUGUUCCAGAGCAGUUCACCUAGAAGUCGCCUUUGGUUUAGAUUCAGCCAGCUUCUUAAAUGCAUUGACCAGGAUGACCGCCAGGCGAGGACGUCCUUUAGAGAUAGUCUCCGAUAAUGGGACAAACUUCAUCGGUGCAGAAAGAGAACUAAGAGAAUUAUUGCAAGAAAUCGAGCAGACUGAAGUUGGUGAAAAGUUAGCAGAGCAAGGAAUCCACUGGCACUUCAACCCUCCCCUGGGAUCACAUCACGGAGGAGUUUUUGAAAGCAUGAUCAAGGCAGCAAAGAGAGGGAUGAAAGCAAUAUUGGGUGAAGCUUGCAUUACAGAUGAAGAAUUACUAACUGCAGUGACUGAAGUAGAAGGGCUGUUGAACGCAAGACCGUUAACCUAUUGCAGCAAAGAUCCUAAAGAUGAAACUGUAUUGACGCCUAACCAUUUUUUAGUGGGACAGGCUGGAGGUCAGUUAGCACCAGUGGUAACAGAUGAGAUAGCAUUCAAUCCCAGAAAUAGAUGGAGAUACAUCCAAGACUUAGUAAAGAAAGUUUGGAUAAGAUGGCAAAAGGAGUAUUUGUCAUUGUUGCAAAACCGGCCCAAGUGGAUGGAAGAGCGAGAAGAUUUGAAAAUAGGGGAUAUUGUGUUAAUGGUAGACCCCAACUCUCCUAGAGGAAAAUGGCCUUUGGGGAGAGUGUCAGAAGUGUUCCCUGGAGAGGAUCGUAGAGUCAGAACGGUCCAAGUUUACUCCGAAGGAAAGGAGUGGAGACGUCCCGUCAGCAAACUAGCCCUACUGUUGCCUGGAGCUGAGCGAGAAGAAGAUGUAGAUAGUCGUUAG